GGCCUGGAUCUCCGCUUGUCUCUGCUCCCCAGCGCAGGGAUGGACGGUGCGCGGCACGCAGCAGCUCCGCAGACGCUGCAGGGAGAGAAACCACGGCACCACUGCGGCCUGCGGGCGGGCGCACGCCCCUGGAGCCGCGUCUCCCGCGGUCACUUCUACCACAGACCGACCCGACCGUCCCUCGUCUGCAGCUGGACUCCCGCCACUCGCCCCGGCUUCCUAGACUCCGGCCGUCCCCGGAACAGCGUUAGCAGAUGCCGCAGGGCGCAGCGCGCACGGCCCGGCGGCUCCCCGCGCCCCGGGCCGCCGCCACCGCCCCGGCCACCCGCACUCGCCUGCCAGCGCCGCGGCGCGCACUCUCCCGCCCUAGCGAAGGCGCCCAGGGCAUGUCGCAGCGACCGCCUGUCUUCUAGGUCCAGGCGGGGCGGGGCGGAGCCAGCGGCCGCGCCCGUCGAGCCCCGCGCCCCGGGACCCAAGCGCUCCCAGUGGGCGAGUAGUGCCCGGCUCUCAGCGCCCGCCGCGGGUGAGACCUAUAGCGCUGAGGGGAACCCACGGAAGUGUCGCGAGACAUGAGGGAACUCGCGCGAGACGUGGCUCCUCCUGCGGGCAGGCGCGGGGCACGCGCUGGGCACGUGGUGGCGGGGCGGGGCGCUUGCGCUCCCCUCGUAGCUGGCGAACCAGUCUCUGUCUGAGGACCACGGCCACGGAGGGAGCUGCGGGGGAGGGCCUCGUCCCUGUGCUGGGAGGAGCGUCGCUGGGCCUCUCCAGCCUCUGCUCGAACGGAGAGGCUAUGGGAAAGGCGCCCUGGAAGCAGCAGCCGUGCCGGUGGCGUCCGGACGUGGCUAAUCAGCCUUGCGACCCCGGGAGAUACCGGCGGCACGGGAAGGGAAAUAAGUUGAGAAAGAAAAAGACACACAAUACAAGAAAACAAGAAGGGGCAAAGAGACUCCCCAGGUAUGGCCUGGAUCUUACAAACAGCCUCUUUCCUGGCCUGACGGACAGAGUCCUGGCCCCCAGUUUCAACAGAAUCCAGUUCUAAAAGUUCCUUUGUCAGCAUUUCUUCCAGAAGCCAGUAUGCUUUGUCUGUCUUUUUUCCUACAAAUUCUUCUACUUCUUGCUCAAGAUACUGGACCUUCUCCAGCACAUGUAUGAUUUUUUUAAUACUUGGAGGAGUGCCUUCAUCUGAAGACAAACACUCUUCAGGAAGAUUAUUACUCUGAACCUGAUUGCUGGGAUGCUCAUUGGUGGCAGUACCAUAUAGCUGAGGCUCGGCACUAUACUGGACUGAAGAAUCCAAAAGGUCUGAAUCAUCAUUGUUCAUUGCUCCCGAAGAUUCGUACUGAUGGACACUGCAAGGAAAGUUGUGUCGGCUCACACCUUGCUCCGACUGGCUAUAGGGGUAUGAGGGGUCCUGGAGUGGGAGGACAAAAAGGAGAAGAAAGCUUGUUAUGGGAAGCCAUCAAGAUCACGUUAGUCCACAUCUUUCACCUGAACAGGAAAGUGCUUGAAGAUUCCCACCAUGAGAACCUUAAUCAUCUGAGAAAAACACAGUUAAGAUAAAGAGAGAGCAUCAAGCAAAAGGCCCAGAGUUCCCAAGUACAAUGGCUGCAACCUGCACUGAUGCAGAUCCUUCUCUGAACACCUACCUCAGUUCAGCCAAUGACCUAACAAAUACUUUUCCUCCCUAAAUAGUAAGAAUCUCAAGAAUACAGCCAGAAGCAAAUGGUGUCAAGUCUAUGAUUUAAUGUAAAAUUACAUCAUAAAAGCUAGUUGUUGUAGUUA